AUGAAAUACGGCAUUCAGUUGGAGCGGGAGUCUGUUCCUGAAUGGAGCUUGCACAACCUCGACUACAACUCCCUCAAGCACGAGAUCAAAGUCCACACAACCCGCGACCAGGCCACGGCCCUCGCCAUUCCCGGCCACCAAGAUACACACCUGCGCCGAUUCGAAGAUGCCUUGUACACCGAGCUCUGCCACCAGCACGACCGUCUGGACUUGUUCGUCAUCAGCAAGGCCGAUGAGGUGUCGAGACGACUGGAUCACAUUGCCGCCAGCAUCAAGCGGUUUGCCGCCAAGUCACAUCACGACUCCGAUUCGCCCAGUGCCUCGCUUAGAAACCAGCGCAAGUUCAUAAAAUAUGAGCGCGAGCUGUUGCGGUGCAGGGAGGAUAUACAAGCUCUAACGCGCUUUGCCAAUGCUCAGAUAAUUGCGUUUCGCAAGAUUCUCAAGAAAUACAGAAAAUGGACUGGUUCACCAUCAUUAAGCUCCAGGUUCAACGAGGAGGUGCUGAGCAACCCAAAGAGCUUUACCCGACGCAGCUUUGCCGACCUGUUGGAACGGCACGACGAAAUCCAAGAGAGUCUUCGCCAUGCCACUCCGGCCUUCAGUGAGCCGAGCUCUCCCUCAUCAGUCGACACACCCGUCGCCCCUCCGAGCCAGCCGUCAAGUUCGCAUCGCGUCACCUUUGAUCCUCUACCGCCGUCAUACCUUGACCCAGAACCGCAGCCCAAGUAUUGGAACGAGUACGACGAUGGUAGCGACGCUGGUGGCCCAGAGGACGAAUACGCAAUCUACGUCAACCCCGACCAGGACUCGGGCUUCCCCGGCUUGAGCUACGCGCAGGCCAUUGUGUCAUUUCCCUUUGAGAAGGCCAAGGAGUGGCUAGGCAAGCCACGAUCGACUGAGCGGCAGCCCCUCUUUUCGUCCAUUUCAUCCGGAGACUCGAUCAACCAGGGGUACGGCUCCAUGUCGGCGGUGCACACCGACUCGGAGGAGGAGGAGGCAUAUGCCAGCUCCGACGGCUUCCCCACACAAGGGUAUGCCACGCACUAUGCCCUGCCCAGCAUCAGCACCCAGCAGUUGCGUCGUUACCGCGAGCGAGUUUUAUUCUGGGGAACCAUUGGCUGCUUUGGGGCCGCCUUUAUCUUCCUCGGCAUCGCCGGCAUCCUCAUCUCGACUGGCAAGCACAAGCUGCGAGUCGAAGUCGACGCCGGUGCCACCGUUGGAGUAGUGGUCAGCUUGUUCUGCGCAUGCUCCGGCCUCGGUAUGACGCUGUACAGAGAGGACCAGCUUGCCUUGUCUUACCGGCUGAUGGUCUGGGCCACCUUUGUCGCCACCUGUUUGCUCAAUGGCAUGCUACUCAUUCUGGUCCUGGGCAAUGCUCCCUGAGUCUGACGAGUUGUGAAUAGCCCAAGCGAGGAGAGCAUCGCCUCUCUUGUUUCUUCUUUUUUUGUUUAUUUUCAUUAGUUGUCGCUCAAAAUUGCAUGCAUCAGACUCACGGUCUGCGGAGUUGGAAGCAUUUGUGUCUCUUUCUUUUUCUUUUCCACCUUUCCUAGUCCUCUCUACGGAAACAGCGGCUGAAAGUUUUUCUUUUCCUAUAUCGUUUGACAGCUUGGAGCCGGAGAGGUUAUCACAGUUCGACGGCAAUCUAGUAAAUUGGCAUGGUGGCGCUUUGGAUGGGGCAUAUUGUAUGUAUAUGAUUCAUGACAGAGAGACUAAGGGCGGGAAGAGCGGAUGGAGGGAUUUUUUUCAUUUUCUUUUUGGGAUUCCCCGAGAAUGUUUGUAGGGCUCUGAAAAGAAGAUGGGCGUAUUUACAAGGCAUUCAUGACCAUAUCUUGCGUUUUUUCUGAUGAGCGAGUGUGUGUGUAUGUGUGUAUAUGUGUGUGCUUUGUAUUUCGACUAGCCAAGACCUGCCUACCUGUCUGUAUGCAACUAGAAAUAGCAAAGUGGAGAUGGAUGGGGA